AUGAUAUUUUAUUUUACUGUUUUAACUUUUAUUAAAACUUCUACUACAAAUCGCAAUCCACAGAUUGUUAUAACAGAUUCUGCACCAGAGAUAAUUCCUCUUAGUGAUAAUGUAACAUAUAAUAUUCAUACAGACGAUAGAGGUGUAGUUACGGUUACAACACUAGAUCAAGGAUCAUCUUCUCCUAGAACUGAAAGAGAAAUUUAUAAUUCUGUUGUAAAUGAGGUUGCUACUACAAAUAAUAAUUUACAAGGAGGAGGAGAAUUUGUUUUAGGGUAUGCUCCCACACCAGAAGAAGUAAGUAAUUCGAUGUUUCAUCCCAUUAUUCGUGUAGAAGAUUAUCAAACUCCAGGUAUAUCUACCGGUAAUAAUGAUCCACCAGGUCAAUCAAAUGGCUCUAAUCAAGCUAUCCAAGGUAACAAUUAUCAGUCACCAUUGGCAACUGGCUUAAGUAGUAAUUCUAGUUCAUUACCUACAACUAAUUACUCUGGGCAACAGCAAUAUACAGGAAAUGGUGGGCUAUUUAUUGAAUCUACACUGGGAGGACAACAAACAUCUGAAGGUGGACAGAAUCAAAAUAUAACACAAGAUAAACAAUCUAAAACCGAUUCUAAAGGUACAAAAGAUAAGAAAGAUGAUAAAACAAAAAAAAAGAAAAAAAAUAAAAAAAGUGAACAAAAAGAUGAUGAAGAUGAUGAUCCAGUAGGUAGUAAAUCUGUACAAGCUUUACAAGAAAUAUAUAUGAAUGCUUUAUUAACUGUAAUAUUGGCUUUGUAA